AUGGUUGCCAUUAACCAGUCAUGGUUUCUGUGCAAGCUAAGUACUCACCAGUGGUGCUUCCUCCUCUUCAAUGUGCUGCUCUUCCACGCACUGUUGUUCGGAGGUGACUUUGUGGAGGAGUAUCUCCUUCAACCUGUACCUAAGGUCUACAAUGACGGGCUGGUCAUUGACAUCAGGGAGAAGGCCAGGAAGUUAGACCUAAGUGCCGCCACGGAAAAGGAAUGGCGAGCGUACCCCGCCCCCAACCGUGAUGCCUGCACAUCAGCUGACCUCUUCCUCCUGGCUCUCAUCUUCAGCUCCCCUGCUAAUAUCUCCAGAAGGGAUGCAAUCAGGAGGACGUGGGCCAACCAAACGCAGGUGCAAGGCCUCCCAGUGCGGGUUCUUUUUUUCAUUGGCUCAGCUCACACUUCUCACCUGCAAGAGGCUCUCGUGUUAGAAUCGAACCACAGCAGGGACGUGGUUCAAUGCCACGCUGUGACUGACUCACCUUUUGGAGGGCCGGUUGAGAGGACGGUGUUAGCGUUCCGCUGGUUGAUCACCUUUUGUCCCAGGGCUCGCUUUGUUCUCCUGACACACGACCAUGUGUUUGUAAACCUCCCUGCCAUUGGAGGCUACCUGCUCGGGUUACGCAGGCACCCAGAGGACCUGUAUCUGGGACAGGUGAUCCAGGGAAAGUACUCGGAUAGGAACCCAUCCAGCCCUGGUUACAUGCCUCCGAACGUCUACCUGCACAAACACCUGCCGGAAUACUGCGACGGCACCACCUAUGUCAUGUCCCAGGACGUGGUACGAAAAGUAUAUGUAGCAUCCGCACAGGUCCGCGCACCCGUGUCGGCGGAUAUUUUCGUGGGCCUUUGUGCCCAGAAGGCAGGUGUGGCGCCGACCCACAGCGCUCGAUUCCCGGGAGACAAAAACAUCCGCUACAACGCUUGCUGCUACCGUUACCUGUUCAGCUCAGCCCAAAUGACGAGUCUUGAUUUGGAUAGGGUGUGGUCAGACCUGGGUCCGAAUGGCAGUGCUGGGAAAUGCUCCUUGUUCCAGACCUACUAUGGCCUUGUGAUCUGCAAGGCCCUCACGUACCUGCAUACACUGUCCAUCCUCGCCACUUCAGAAUAAGCGGGGGUCCGCGAGCCAUAGCUUGGGGUUCGGCAAAAUAAUUUGUAAUAAAUUAUCGUCAUAUAAUUUUAAAAAGUGCAUUCCUUUCACACCAGUAAAACAAACAUAAUAAGUCAAUAAAUUUUCCCUACCAUAGCCUUGGAACAAUUAAAAGCAGUGAUAUGAAUAAUGAUAAUAAUUCACUUUAUUUAUUGGCGCCUUUCACAAGCCACUCAAGGUCAUAGUUACUCGCUUGAGUAACAAAAACACAGUGCUGUACGCUGAUGAUCCAAGUUAGAUUUUUAUGCUAUCAUUGGUACAUUUGCCACUCAUGUUGAUGGUUUGAACUUUUUUUUUUUUUUCCUUUUUACUUUUGAAGCCCAUUUUUCAAGAAAAAUCCAAACUGUACUGUUUUAUAUAUUUUAGUAUUCGGAGUAUUGGGACAUUUUAAAAUUAUACAUUUUAAAAUUAUACAAUGAUAUUAAAGUAAUAUUUUUAGAAGAGUAAACUUGUACCGCUCGCAUAACGGGAGCGGGGAGCUCACUUCCGGUGUGCUCAAAUGCUGCUAUGUUGUGCAUUAAUGUUGCAAUGUUGUCAAUUACUGUGGUGUUUGCAGUUCCAAUGUGUGUCAAUGUUGUGUCGUGGUGUUUUCAAUUGUUGUUACUUGUCUAGCCCACUGUACAAAUCACGUAAAUAAGACUCCUCAAACAACAACAUUAUACAAAUGCACACAAAAUUCAUAAAUGUUUAAUACACUUAAAUUAUAAACAUGAACAUAUUUCCUUCAACAAUAAAUGACUUUGUAGCCAUUUCUAUGUACAAUCUCGCUUCAGUCAGCUAAUGCCCCCUCUUGCCACAGACUAUUACACCACCCUACAUUAUCACAUAUUUAAAGAGUGACGUU